AUGUCAUAUGGUGCUGGAAUAUGGGGUAUGGUAGAGCAUAAAAAAUUGAAUAGUGUACAAAACAGAGCAUGUAAGUUAUUUCUGGGCCUGAAACGAAACAGUCCAAACCUGGCAGCUAGGGGCGACAUGGGUUGGACUUCAUGCCUUACAAAACAAAGAGUUGAAGUAUUAAGACUAUUUUGUCGUUUGAAAUGUUUAUCAAACGAUAGACUUCCUGUAAUGAUCAGUAAUUGGUCCUCUAGACGUAGCAAAUCUUGGGAAAAGAGUGUAGAGGCGAUGAUAAGAAACCUUAAUGUGAGCCAUAUAUGUAAUGUUGAUAAUAUUAGUAAGAGUCAUAUGAACCCCUUAAAACGUCAUUUGUUCCAAAUUGAUGAGUCGAAAUGGUUCCAGGAUUUAUGGAAUGAUGACAAAAACCCGAAUGGUAAUAAAUUAAGAACAUACCGGUUAUUUAAAAAGGACCUAAAACCCGAACCAUAUGCUUUAUCACAUUUUCUCCCACGCCACUUAAGGAAAGCCACGGCUCUAUUACGAAGUGGAAGUUCUGACCUUAUAAUGAUUGAAAAAUUGAGAUAUAGUCAUCCUCCUACCCCACUUAAUUGUCGAACCUGUCCCUUUUGUUUAGAGAUUGAGACAGAAACUCAUUUUUUAGUAGAAUGUGAUAUGUAUUCAGAUAUCCAUUUUGAACUAUUCCAGGAAAUGCAUAAAACAGAUAAUAAUUUCUAUAACCUGUCCCCCAAGGAAAAAAUUAUCAUGAUCUUAUCAAGUGAUCUAGUCAACCCCAAAACUAUAAGCAGUUAUAUAUACGAGAUGUUCUCUAGGAGAAAUUAUUAUAUGUCAUAUAAUUAUAGAACUUAA